UGAUGUUUAAAUUAAAGUAUCUUUUGAGAUGCAGGGUAUUUUACAGUGAGUACAAGGCCAGAUCAAAUUUUUUGCCUGUACCCCAGUCAGCGUUUACGUACACCACACAAUCAAAGGAACCAGACAUGAAUGUUCUCAACACCAUCAAGAGUUCAUUCUCGUCCAGUGGACUGGAAACCCCUACUUAUACAGAAGGGAAAAAACAGGAUGAUGUCCAAGAACGGAGAUACGAGGCUGCCAAGUGGGUCAGUACUAGUGUCGAAGGAAUGGAACUCAAGAAAGCACAGAGUGAAGGUUUCGGAAGGCUUUUCAAAUACAUCACGGGUAACAAUAAACCAGGCACUAAAGUUGACAUGACGGCUCCAGUUGCCACUCGUAUCAAUCCCGGGGCUGGUCCAAAUUGUGAAAAUACAUUCACAGUGUCAUUCUACAUCCCAUCAAAACACCAGGCAGAUCCUCCAGAACCAAGUGACCCAAAAGUCUUUAUCGAAGAAUGGCCAGAACGAACCAUACUAUGUCAAGGAUUUGGAGGGUUCGCUAAGGAGGAAACAUGGCUGAGUCAUGCCAAAACGCUAACGGGGAUUGUGGAGGAAAGAGGAGAAAAGGUUCAUUCGAACUUUUGGUUCACAGCUGGCUACAAUAGUCCAUUUCAAAUGUUUGGCAGAACCAACGAGGUGUGGUUUGUUAAAGACCCACAAAGUUGAAUGAGGAUUGACUGUGAUACUGAGUAAGCUGAUUUCCUCCGGAGGUUUGAAAACGAAAAUCGUUCCAACUAUAUGAUUAAGUGAUUUCUGAUAAUUGAAUUACCGCCAAAGGAGGAUCAUUAGGUAGAAAACCCGAUGGAAGGUGUUUCUGAUGAAUUCAAUGCAAAGUAUCUGUUCACUGGAAUUAGAAGGAAACGAGUCUAACGGUAGGGUGCAAGAAGAUAUCCCAGCUAAAGAAUUCAAUUAAAGAUGUUUCCAAUGGAUAGUUUCUCUGAGAGACAUUGGGUGUGACAGUCAGAUGUUAUUGAGCUGUUUGUCUGACAGUGCAUUUCGAAGAAAUAUGCAGGAGUUUCCAGACUUGUUCCUGAUGGUAAAAUUCAGUGAAAGUUGUUUGAACGAGUUCAGUUAGAAAUGAUUCUGAAUUUCCAAUGGUAACAUUAAAAUGAAGGAUUCUGGCCAAAGGUAGUUCAGACAUUACGGUCCUACUGAGUUUA